AUGGAGAGGAGUUCAAGCAUUGGACGCCGAACCUCAAUGCGUCAUGCGGCAGUGAAAGCCAGAGCUCGACUUACUGCUGUCCGGCUGGAUGUCGACGGGAUCAUUGAACAAGGGAGUGCAAGCCAGCCGCAACCGGAACUGCUCUCGGAAUGUGGGGACGGUGGCAGUGACUUUGAAUCGGGGUCAAAUGUGCGAUCUCAGGCGAAGGCGAUAGCGCAGGGAUUGUAUACUUCUCAUGAAGAAGCUUUGCAUUCAAGAAAUUACGACAAUGAAGAUGUCACCGGACCGUGUACGACAGAGAGUGAUGCACCUUCGCGAAGGGGGAUAAAGCGCCAAGUUGACAUGCAGACUACUAGACUACCAAAACGUCGACGCAGAGAGGUCAAAGAUACGCAAUCUCCAGCUCCUGCAUUUCUUCCUGAGAGGGUAUAUAGUCCAGACGACGAAGCCCCCGAAGAAGAUGAUGCGCUCUAUUCUGCUACGAUUGAUCUCGGGCAGUUUGAGGAAGCAAUCAGCGACUUAUUUGAAUCUGAGGAUCUAUCCUUUGCACCUCUGAAGGCUGAUCAUGAAUCACGCCCGCUUUGGGUCUGUCAGGAUGGUCGAAUCAUUCUGGAGGCUUUCUCACCGAUUGCGGAGCAGGCGCAAGAUUUUCUCGUGGCCAUUUCGGAACCUGUUACUAGACCUUCUCAUGUCCAUGAAUAUCGACUAUCAGAGUAUUCGCUGUACGCGGCGGUAUCUGUGGGACUGGACACUGAUGGCAUUAUCCAAGUCUUGGAUCGUCUCAGUAAGACUCAGCUCCCUCCAACGGUGGAGAAGUUUAUAAGGGAAAAUACUCAGUCGUAUGGUAAAGUGAAGCUGGUUUUGAAGCAAAAUCGUUACUGGAUCGAAAGCGCAGAUGAGAUGAUUUUGCAGACCUUGUUGAAAGACGAGAAGAUUCGUGAAUGUAGACUGGCUUUGCAGGGUGCCGACAGUGGAAUCUUCGGUUUCUUAACCGAGCAGGCCCCAGACUCCAAGGGCUUUACGAUAGCAGGAUCUAAAGGUAAUGAGCAAGUCAAGCCCAAUCGCGACGAUGCACGGCAAUCGUCCCGCACCAGUGAUCCGGCACUAAGUACGGGCCAAGGGUUCUUCAUUCAUGAGAAACCGCUGUCCCCCAAAUCUACUGUGGAGAUAUCCCAUGUCGUAGACGAAGUCUUGGAGGGUAUCGAUCUAUUUGAGCUGUUUUCAUGCGAUCCUGAUGACGAUCUCAAUCCUGACGAGAUGACCAAAUAUAUUGCAAAGCCGAACGGCGAUGACGCCACCGGCCAGAGCUCCAAUGGAUCGAAGGACAUCGUGAAUCCAAAUUUGGAUGUGGAUCUCAAGGCCACGACGAAAUUGAGACCGUACCAGGAAAGAAGUUUAAGCAAAAUGUUUGGCAAUGGUCGUGCGAAGAGUGGCAUAAUCGUGCUUCCAUGUGGGGCGGGUAAAACGUUGGUCGGUGUCACCGCGGCGUGUACGAUCAAGAAGAGCUGUUUGGUAUUAUGCACAUCAAGCGUAUCCGUUGAACAAUGGGCUAAGGAAUUCCGCAGCUGGUCAACCGUCAGAGAGGGACAAAUAGCCAAGUUUACGUCUCAAGAGAAAGAAAAGUUUGUUGGUGACGCCGGCAUUUUGAUCAGCACGUACACCAUGGUGACUUACUCGGGAAAGCGAGCGUAUGAUGCCCAACAGAUGAUGGAUUUCAUUAGAUCGCGUGAAUGGGGAUUUCUCCUGCUGGACGAAGUCCACGUUGUCCCAGCGGAUAUGUUCCGUAAGGUCCUUACAAUUGUGGCUGCACACGCCAAGCUUGGUUUAACUGCCACGCUGGUACGUGAGGACGACAAGAUUGGAAAUCUGAACUAUCUGAUUGGUCCCAAAUUGUAUGAAGCAAACUGGUUGGAUCUUUCCCGAAAAGGGCACAUCGCCAAUGUGCAGUGCGCGGAAGUUUGGUGCAACAUGACACCUGAAUUCUAUCGAGAGUACUUGCGAGAAAAAUCACGGAGAAGACAAUUGCUAUAUGCUAUGAAUCCACGAAAGCUCCAGGCGUGCCAGUAUCUGAUUGACUUUCACGAGAGCCGCGGCGAUAAGAUCAUUGUCUUUUCAGACAAUGUAUUUGCAUUGAAACACUAUGCGACGAAGCUCAACAAGCCCUAUAUAUACGGCGGUACCAGUCCCGCUGAGCGAAUGCGAGUUUUACACCAGUUUCAGCAUAAUCCGGCCAUAAACACGAUCUUCCUCAGCAAAGUUGGUGAUACAUCGAUUGACCUUCCAGAGGCAACUUGCCUGAUUCAGGUGUCGAGCCACUACGGAAGUCGCAGGCAGGAAGCACAGCGACUAGGUCGUAUUUUGCGAGCAAAACAGCGAACAGAUGAUGGAAUAAAUGCAUACUUUUACUCGCUUGUAUCAAGGGACACCGAAGAGGUGUACUACUCCGCAAAGCGACAACGCUUUCUGAUUGAUCAGGGAUAUCAGUUUAAGGUCAUUAACAAGCUGGAGGGAUUGGAAAACAUUUCUGACCUGGUAUACGCUACACGUGCCGAGCAAUUGGAGUUGCUCAACACAGUACUAGUAUCGACUGAGGUCGAUGAGGACGAUAGCGAUAUUCUACCACCAGAUGAUAUCCGCUCUUUGCGGGCGCGACUUGAACCCGUUGUAGUGCGUCGCAGCGGUACGCUGCAAUCCCUCUCUGGUGGAGAUUCGAUGGCCUAUAUAGAGUACAGUAAAACAUCAACAAGCGGAAUAACAAAGGAAAAGAGAAGCCUCUUUUAUAAAAAUUGGAAGUCAUCUAGGUAGGUGAUAGGCUGUAGAUAGCAAGCGGAGCAAACACAGUUCAAGAUUAUGUAAUAGCCGUGGCGUGGAGCGGCGAGGUUCUAAAUGAUGAUACAUUAGUUAUACAAUCGUUAUAA